GCUUCGCUGCUCUCCUGGAGCUGCUCAGCUCGGGCGUCCCUGAGGAGGAGUUGGGGCACCUCGAGCUCUGUCACCACGAAGUCUCUCGGCGAGUUUUUGAUGGUGCCGCGGAAGCCGAUGUGCUCGCUCAGGAGCGGAGGAUGGGCGAGCCCGUGACGGAUUCCACGCAUGUCCGCUGCCUGAGCUACGGGCUCGUGAGGCGGCUGGCAGACUUCAUCGACCCGCAGGAAGGGUGGAAGAAACUUGCGGUGGAUAUAACCAACCCGUCCGGUGAAAGCAGAUACAGCCAAGUGCACAUAAGGAGAUUUGAGGCAUUUGUACAAAUGGGAAAGAGCCCCACGUGUGAAUUGCUUUAUGACUGGGGAACCACAAACUGUACAGUUGCUGAUCUUGUGGAUCUGCUGAUUAGGAAUCAGUUCCUAGCACCAGCAAGCCUUUUGCUUCCAGAAGCUGUAAGGAUGCCACAAGAAGUUACAUUACCUCUUUCUUCACAGGAAACCUUGCCUAUACAUGAGAAACAACUACCUGUACAGGAAAAAAAAGUGGCAUCUGUAAAGCCUGUUUUAGCUCAGAGUACUGAGAAGCAUAAUUCAGGUUCUUCCUACUCAAGUGAAGAAAACAGCAGCUCACAGUCCAGUAACACAGAUUUCCAGAAUUUUUUGUUUCAUGACUUGGAAAGCAUUACAAAUAAUUUUGAUGCGCGACCAGAAUCAGCUGGAGGUAAUAAACUGGGAGAAGGUGGAUUUGGCAUUGUGUUCAAAGGCUACAUCAAUGGCAAAAACGUGGCUGUCAAGAAGCUCAUUGCUAUGGUCGAUGUCAGUGUUCAGGACUUGAAACAGCAAUUUGAGCAAGAAAUAAACAUAAUGGCAAAGUGUCAGCAUGAAAAUUUAGUAGAAUUGCUUGGUUUCUCAAGUGAUGGUGCUCAGCCAUGUCUGGUGUAUGAAUACAUGCCUAAUGGUUCAUUGCUUGACAGGCUUGCUUGUCUGGAUGAAACUCCACCAAUUCCUUGGAAUAUGAGGUGUAAAAUUGUUCAAGGUACAGCAAAUGGCAUCAACUUUUUGCAUGAAAAUAAUCACAUUCACAGAGAUAUUAAAAGUGCAAAUAUCUUAUUAACUGAUACAUAUGUGCCCAAAAUUUCUGACUUUGGCCUUGCAAGAGCAUCGGUAACAUUCACACAGACAAUUAUGACUGAAAGAAUUGUUGGAACAGCAGCCUAUAUGGCACCUGAAGCUCUGCGAGGAGAGAUAACACCUAAAUCAGAUAUCUUCAGUUUUGGAGUAGUCUUACUGGAAAUAAUAACAGGUCUUCCUCCAGUAGAUGAAAACCGGGAGCCACAGUUGCUGUUAACCAUAAAAGAUGAAAUUGAGGAUGAGGAAGCAACUAUUGAGGAUUAUGUUGAUGUAAAGAUGAGUGACUGGGAUGUACCUUCAAUUCAUAAAAUGUAUUCAAUUGCUGAUCGGUGUCUGAAUGACAAAAAAAACAGAAGGCCAGACAUUAAAAUGGUUCAACAGCAGCUCCAAGAGAUAAAAACUUGAUAAUGUGUUUCUUCUGAUACAUCAAUGUUUCUGUAAUGGAGACAUCAGUACCAAACGUUUAAUCAGUAUUAGUGCAACAUUAUCAGUGACUCUGCUUUCCAGAACUUUCUGGACACAUGUAAGAUGAGCUGUUGGUCUGUCAGCAGCUCUUUCACAUUUCCUUUGUCACUGGACCCUUAACAUGGGAAAACUCUUUCUUGUAUUAACAAAUUGCAGUGCUGGUACAUCAUCAUCUCCUGCAACUUUUUAAAUGCAUUUCCAUAUUUUAAUCUAUUUGAUUAUUUUUAUUUCUAGAUACCUAGUAUGUCUGCUGCAAAGGCAUAUAACUGUAACUGGUCAGAAUGUUUUUUCUGUAAACUGCUUUCUUGAUCAGAUGUACUAGACCUUUGUCUAUUGAAGGCAAAGCCAUUUAAUAGCUAUAAUGGUACUUAAUGUUGUCUUGAGAAAUGACAAUAGUAUUACGCAGUUUAAACAAGCUUCUACUUAAUAUUUUAGCUUAAGAGUUCAUAUUAGAGUGAACGGUCUGGUACUCUUAGUGAAUGUGAUUAUUAUCAAAAAGUCUUCUUGGUGUUAGUUUUAGUCAAAUAAAGGCUGCAAGACAUUUUCUAGGUUGUUUUUUCAUUUCAGUGAUUCCCAGGCAAAAUGGUGAUCUUGCUGUGCAGAUGCAUUUACAUUUGCAAAUGCUUUCUUACACUGAACUCCAUGAUGACAAACCAUUUAAUUUUUAUUCACAGGAAGACUCUUAGCUACUUCGACUAUUUUAGGAGGAUUGAGUAUUUUUAGUACUUUAGGAGAGGAUUCAAUAUGGAUUAUAAAUACAAAUGGUUGCUUUUCUUAAAGUGAUCAGAAUAAUGAUGUGAAGAUCAAUUCUGCAUUUUGCUUAGUCAAAUAAUUAAGCUAUUUUAAAUAUAUAUUAUUAACUAAAUACAAAAACGCACUUCUGAAAGUAUAAAUAGAAAGGUUUUUAAAAUAGAAACAUUGUCAGAUCAAAGCAGACUAAAAAUGGAAUGAAAGUGACUAGUAAGAUUCCAGAUACUCUGGAAUAAGUAUGAACAUAUUACCAUUGUAAAUGAAGAUGUUAUUUUCAUAUAAUCUCAUUUUGCACCUCGUGAACUUUCUUAAUAGCUUAGGGAUACGAACACAGUCCAGCCUACAGUUAAAUUUGAAAUUCUGUGAUUGUGUGACUUCAUUCAGGAAUAUGUAUCUCAUUGUAGGAAGCAUGUGAUUUCUAAUUUAAUGAUAUCAUUAGAUUUCUGGCUAUUUAUUUAUUUUGUAUUGCCUUUUCAAACUGCUAGCUUAAUUUAGAAAAAAGGAUCUACCUAAUGGCUUCUGGAUUUUUUGAAUAUAAAUUGUAAAAAAAUGUUAACAUAAUAAAAACCCUCUGCAUUACUACUUUUUUCUACUAUUAAAACUUUAAGCCUUGAAAAUA